GUUUUCUUUCUCCCUCUCUGCUAUUCCAUUGAUUCUCUUUCGUUCCUCCUGCCAACUUCUUUUAUUCAGUGCUUCACAUUCUGGGCUCUAAUGCAUUGUUUGUCUUUCUAAGAUUAUCGAAGUUGUAGCGAACGAGAGAGAGAUCUAGACAAGAUGGGUAAAGCUACAAGGUGGCUAAAAGGCUUGUUGGGGAUGAAGAAAGAUAAAGGAAGAGAUAAUGGUGGUGACAGUUCAAGUUCAAUUUCAAGCGAAAAGAGAGAGAAAACAAGAUGGAGUUUUGGCAAAUCAAGAAGGGAUAACAGUGUGAUCCCUCGUGAUAACCUUCAGGUGAAAGAUGCUGCCUGGCUCAGAUCCUACAUUGCUGAGACUGAAAGAGAUCAGAACAAACACGCAAUAGCUAUGGCAGUUGUGACGGCUGCAGCGGCCGACGCUGCAGCGGCUGCAGCACAGGCCGCGAUGGCGGUAGUGAGGCUGACCAGCAAUGGCAGAGGGACAACGUAUGGUAGCGAGACAGAGAAGUGGGCUGCAAUCAAAGUUCAAACCGUUUUCAGAGGCUUUUUGGCUCGAAAAGCUCUUCGAGCAUUGAAAGGAUUGGUGAAGAUGCAGGCACUUGUUAGAGGCUAUCUGGUCCGAAAGCAGGCUGCUGCAACUCUUCACAGUAUGCAAGCUCUUAUAAGAGCUCAAACUUCUGUUCGAUCCCAACGUGCUCGUCGUUCUAUAAACAAGGAGAAUAGAUUUCAACCUGAAAACCGACCACGAAAAUCAAUUGAAAAAUUUGAUGAUACAAAAAGUGAAUUCCACAGUGAGAGGCUGUUUGCAUCUUAUGAAUUUGAUGAAAGCCCAAAAAUAGUUGAAAUCAAACCCAGAUCAAGAUCUCGUAGAGCCGCUGCAGCAUUAUCAGAAUAUGACGACGGAGUACCUUACACAUCACCUCUUCCAUGUCCAAUUCCAUCUCGAAUCUCCAUACCAUAUUACAAAAAUCAUCAAGAUUUUGCAAACUCUGUCAGGUCGAAUGCCCCUGCAACGCCAGCCAAGAGUGUUUGUGGAGGCAGUUUCUUCAGGCCUCACUCAAACUUUCCUAAUUAUAUGUCCAGCACAAAAUCCUUCAAGGCCAAAUUGAGGUCUCACAGUGCUCCAAAGCAGCGGGCGGAGCCAGGGCCAAAGAAGAAGCUUUCGCUCAACGAAAUAAUGGCUGCUAGGAAUAGCAUAAGCAGUGUCAGAAUGCACAGAAUGCACAAAAAU